AUGGAACAAGGGAGUGGCACUAAGCCCAACAUUGUCAUAGAUGACCUGUGCAAAGAUGGAAACUCAGAUGCUGCUAUCAACCUUUUGAUUGAGAUGAUAAGUAUGAAGUAUUACAUUGUUGUCCUUUCUCUUUUUCGAGAAAUGAAGAAAUUGGGUAUCCCAAUUAAUGUUUUCACAUUGGAUAUCGUGAUUAAUAGUUAUUGUCUGAUGCAUCGUUCUGAUUGUGCAUUUUCGGUGUUACCCAUUUACUUAAAGAGUGGCAUUCUGUUUACCACUCUAAUAAGGGGAAUGUUUGAUGAAAAUAAGGUCAAAGAUGCAGUUGAAUUGUUCAAGAAAUUGGUGAGAGAGAAGAUUUGUGAGCCUAACAAAGUAAUGUAUGCAACCGUCAUGAAUGGGCUCAACAAAAGGGGUCAUAUUCAAAAGACUUUAAGUUUGCUCCAGUUAAUGAAACAAGGGAGUGGCACUAAGCCCAACAUUGUCAUAGAUGACCUAUGCAAAGAUGGAAACUCAGAUGCUGCUAUCAACCUUUUGAAUGAGAUGAAACAGAAAGAUGUGUGCACCUUCAACAUACUAACAGAUGGACUAUGCAAAGAAAGGAAAGUUGAAGAUGCCAAGGAAGUAAUGAAACACAUGGUCGAAAAGGGUGUAGAGCCUGAUAUAAUCACCUACAAUGCAAUAAUGCAUGGGUAUUGUUUGCGAGGUCAACUAGAUAGAGCGAGGAGAAUUUUUGAUAGCUUGGUAGAUAAGGGCAUUGAGCCUAACAGUUUUAGCUAUAGCAUACUAAUAACUGGAUACUGUAAGAAAAGGGAACUCGCCGAGGCCAUGCAAUUGUUUUGUGAAAUUUCUCAAAAGGGAUCAAAACCUAAUAUUGUUACCUACAAUACUAUCGUGAAAGGUCUGUUUGAAGUUGGAAGAACUGGUGAUGCCAAACAAUUGUUCAUUGAGAUGGAAUCUACAGGGCCCCUACCUAACUUAUGCACUUAUUUCACUUUGCUCAAUGGUUAUUUUAAGUACGGAUUCGUUGAAGAAGCUAUGUCACUCCUUAAUAAGUUACAAAGAAAGAGAGAAUAUACUGAUAUUGCAUUUUAUAGUGUUGUCAUUAAUGGAUUGUGCAAAAAUGGUAAACUCGACGCAGGUCAUGCUAUUUUUGAGAAGCUUUCUUUCGUUGGAUUGCUUCCUGAUGUGAGAACAUACAAUGUAAUGAUAAAUGGAUUUUGUCUCGAAGGGUUGUUUGAUAAAGCUAAAGAUAUUCUAGGAAAAAUGGAAGACAAAUUUGUUGUCAUUAAUGGAUUGUGCAAAAAUGGUAAACUCAACGAAGCGCAUGCUGUUUUCGAGAAGCUUUCUUUCACUGGACUGCUCCCGGUUGUGAGAACAUACACUGUAAUGAUAAAUGGAUUUUGUCUAGAAGGGUUGUUUGAUGAAGAUAAAGAUAUUCUAAGAAAAAUGGAAGUAAGAAGUUGUUCUCCAAACAAUGUCACUUAUAAUGUUGUUGUGCAAGGAUUUCUCAGUAUUUACAAUGCCGUCAUCAAUGGAUUGUGCAAAAAUGAAAAACUCUACAAAGCUCGUGCUAUUCUUGAGAAGCUUUCUUUAAUUGGAUUGCUUCCGAAUGUGACAACAUACAAUAAGAUGAUAAAUGGAUUUUGUCUUGAAGGUUUGUUAGAUGAAGCUAAUGAUAUGGUAAGAAAAAUGGAAGAGAACGGUUAUUUUGCCAAACGCCUUCACUUACAAUGUCCUUGUGCGGGAUUUCUCAGGUGUAGCAAAAUUACUGAAAUGACAACUUUUAUGAAGGAAAUGACUGGCAGGGGUUUCUCAUUUGAUGCAACUACAACUGGGUUAUUGGUAGACGUUCUAAGGGAUAGUCCAUCCGUCCUUGACAUGAUACUAGAGCUUCACUCAAAAAUUAUGAAGUGA